AUGAACACCAACGUGUGCGUGGAGAGCGGCCCCAACCCCGAGGCGCCGGGGCUGCCCAAGGACAGCCACCUGCCCGAGGGGGCCCUCAACAGCCUUGUGGAUUACAACUCGGAGAUGGAGAGGUACCGCUCCUUCGCCACCUUCUACAAGACCAACGGCGGCGCCUUCCCCCAGGCGGCCAAGAUCGCCCGCAUCACCACCCCCAUCUUCCCCAGCGCCGCCGCCGCCGCCGCCGCCCGCAUCGGCAUGUCCCCCUGGAACUGCGACACCGCCACGGCCGCCGCCGCCACCGCCAUGCUCUGGGGCAGCGGCGGCGGCGGCGGCGGCGGCGCGGCGGGCGGUGCGAGGAAGCCCUCCUCCGCCGCCGCCGCCGCCGCCGCCUCCGCCUCCGCGGCCGCCGCCGCCUCCUCGCUGCACGCCGGCAGGGGCGGCAUGCACCACCGGAGCGACUCGCAGCGGCUGGGCAAGCCCGGCUGCCCGCCGGCCGAGCAGCCCGCCCUGCCCAUGGCGAACGGCAACUUCCUCUCCACCCUGGCCCCCGAGCACUGCCGGCCGCUGGCCGGCGAGUGCAUGAACAAGCUCAAGUGCGGCGCCGCCGAAGCCGAGAUCAUGAACCUCCCCGAGCGCGUCGGCACCUUCUCGGCCAUCCCGGCCUUGGGCGGCCUCUCCCUGCCCCCCGGGGUCAUCGUCAUGACGGCCCUGCACUCCCCCGCCGCCGCCUCGGCCGCCGUCACAGACAGCGCCUUCCAGAUCGCCAACCUGGCGGACUGCCCGCAGAGCCACGCCUCGGCCUCGCCCGCCUCCGCCCUGGGCGCCGCCGCCGGCGCGGGGGGCGGCGGAGGCGGCGGCGGCGGGGGGGCCGGAGGCGGCGGCGGCGGCGGCGGCAGCGGCAGCGGGGCCGGGUCCGGGGCGGGCAACCCCGCCAAGAAGAAGCGGAAACGGUGCGGGGUGUGCGUGCCCUGCAAGCGGCUCAUCAACUGUGGAGUCUGCAGCAGUUGCAGGAACCGCAAAACGGGACACCAGAUCUGCAAAUUUAGGAAAUGUGAAGAGCUUAAGAAAAAACCGGGCACUUCGCUAGAGAGAACACCUGUUCCCAGCGCUGAAGCAUUCCGAUGGUUCUUUUAAGCAGUAGUGUAUCUUAUUUUCAAGGCAGUCCGAAGUGAAUGGCAAGCUAAAGUCUUGUUUUAAGAAACUGCUUAGUCCACCAUUGAAGAAUAUACUCAGAUACUAUUUUCAUUUAUGUAUAGGGGUUUCCUCAAAAGCAAAAGACAAAAAUCUGGGAGCCUGGGGAAUUGGCCAGCUUCUUCACAUUCAGUACACUGAUUCUUUCUUUGAUGUAACUUAGCUAUACUAGUGAAGUUGUUGUCUAUUUUUAAAGUGGCUGUAAAAAAAAAAAAAAAAAAGUUUGGGUAAACCCCUGCUAUAAAGUCAUGUAUCUUUGAAAAGUAACAUAUCUAUACUUCAUUUUCGAAUAUAUGUGUUUCAGUACUGUAAACUGUACAGAUAGCCGCUUGUAUUUUGUGUGUUUAGACACAAGGAGACAAUCAUGUCUGAGCAUCUAUGGAGAUUAACGGUUUGUACACAACGGUGUGGUUCUGCGAGUUAAAUCCGGAGCAAUAAAUUCUAGCUUUAACUAUUAUUUUGCUAGUUGUUUAGCAGCAGCAGCAACAGCAGCACUGUUUUACCAUGCAUCCUUCCGUAGAGACUUGAUGCCAAGUUUUCCAAGAUAAAAAAGAUUGUGACACAUCUAGCAAUUGCCUUCCGUCGCGGUGGUGUAAGAGGGGAAGACAAAACAUUUGAAAUUAAUCUUUCAAGCACUAUAUUAGAGUAGUGGUUUGUGCACUUGCAUUGCUUCCAAAGGAGCUGUACAGAGGGGUAUCUCUCCAAAAAUGCUGUCUGAUGUCUGACUCGCUUUUCACUGCGCUCUGAGGUGGAGUGCUCAGCAUAGGCGGAUGUGCAAAACCAGUCGUCUAUAUAAAGGUUGUUCAAAACAAAUGGGUACGAGACCUUAGAAAAAAUGAUGACUCAGCCUAAUUACCCUUCGCCUACAAGUUGUUAUGUAACGUUUUUCAGUCAAUGGAGUAAAUAUUUUAUAAAGUGGAAUGCCAUAUUUUUGGUCCGAGUGGAGCUCGUCACAGUUAAGUGAGUUCUGACAGUUGGACUGGUUUCGGUCUCACUUGCACUGGUGUUCAUGUGAGAGCCUGGAUAUUUUUGCGGUAUAAAAAUGGAUUUUUUUAAAAAAAAAAUGUUUCAAAAAAAGUCCGCUUCUCCCCACACGUUUCUUGGUCCACUGAUCUCGGCUUUGCUGAACGGCCGGUCCCUUAGGCCCCCCAGAAGAAUGCUCCGCCGUUCUUCUUCCUGCUGUAGCUGCGUGGAGGAAAUGUCUGCUCCUCGAAACGGCAGCGCUCGGAGGGAUAUAACUCACAUGUCAUAAAAAAUAUGGAGGAUACUGAACUUAGGGAUACUUAUUAUCAGCUGAUCAUCACUUUUUAUUGCUUGGCUUCGUCAUACCACUCAUGAGUGAGAAGGCCAUCCCAUCAAAGUAAGCGAAUGCUGUUGUGCCAUGUAUUUGAUAGAUUUAUCCUUUUAUACAAGAUAGGACUACUAGCAGUUUCACAGACAUGGUGCUGGGCAUGCAAAUUACCAGUUAAUGAUGCACAGCACGUUUAAAUCUCAUUGUUUCAGCACUUUCUCCGUUUUUUGCUAAGUACUUCAGCCUUUGGCCCCUGGUCACACUCACUUGGUGAAGCACAUGGGAUGGUUGGGAACGCUGCGGUCUGGGCCCUGUGCAGGCACGGGAGAUGCCGACUUUGGCUGGGGAGGGAGCUCGCAGAACUGGUGGGUGUUGGGAAUGGCCCAGAAAGCCAAGACCGAGGGAUGGAGGAGGAGAAGCCUCCUGAGGUCACACGUGUGUGUCAGCAGGGCCGGGCAGAGCGUGGGUGACCCGGGGUAACUGGAGGAGCGUGGACGGGCUGGGCUUACACCUGUGUCCUCAAUUUAGGGUCAGUCCACGUGUCUACGUUUUUGCGUUGUAUGACGUCACAUACGUGGCUUCAGAGAUGGAAUGUCACACUUGAAAUGCUUCUGUCACGGUGCCCUUCUUACAGUUUGUAAGAGAUCCUCAGUUGAAUACUCAUCCAAUACCCAUUCAAUGAGCUUUACAUCUGUUCGUACGGCAGCUGUGCAUGGAUUUUUUUUUUGCGUUGAAGACUUUUUGGUUAGGGCCUCUGUUACUGACCACUAGACCAAUACAAGCUCUGCAAGGUCGUCUUCUCUACCAAAACGUUGAUUGAUUAACAAACUGAAGCCUUAUUUGCACAUCUGGCUGGUAAGCUUGCCUUGCUUUUUGGAAAAUUGUGAUUGCUCUUACAGAAGCAGAGACAAAAUUAAGUUCAGGCUACAUUAGGUGUACAAAGAUAUUCAUAGCAAUGUACUUACUGUCUAACACCCUAAUGUUGCAUGUCUUGAUGUGGUUUCUUUUUUUGUUUUGUCGUUUUGUUUUAAAGAACUGAUGGAUCUGUAUAUUGUAAUUGUGAUGUUUUACAUGUCAAUUCAAAAUUGUUAAAACAAACAAACAAACAAACAAGCAAACCUGUUAACUAUUGAAAAUGAACAAGAGUUGAUUUUUCGUUGGUUUACCCAUAUGGUUUUCAUUUUGGAUGUUGUUCCUUUGCACCACCAGACUUUAGAUUUUGCUGAAACAGUAUUUAUAUGAUGUAGUGCGCAUAGAGCAUUUUAAUUAGUGAUGUUUGAAGAAGGAAAUCCCUUUUCUGGCCUGUCUCUCUCCACCGCAGCCCUACCCCCGCCAUUUAUACACCUAUUUGUCAAUCAGAUUAUUGUCAAGUUCUAAUUAUCAAAUUUGUGCUUUUCACAAGGUCCAAUACCAUUUUCCAGUGUGAAAAUUUGUAUUCCUCUCUGUCUUUCAUUCUCCCAACAUGAAAACAAAUAAAAAGGGGGGCAAAAAAAAAAGCAGAACAUACUUUUGCCGUCUUCUAGGUGUGAGCACUAAGCCUAAUGGAAGCAUUUUUGGCAUACCCCAGAUAAACUUAUGAAAAAUGGUAAGGCUGAAAGGGAGGCACACGUACCCAUUCUGUUAAUUAAUGACAGACCGUCCCUAUGAGGGAAAAUACUCCCUUUUGUACAGAACCCCUGGUAUGUAAGUCCUACAAUUAAUGUUAAAGAAUAUAAAGUAUUUAAAUGGGCUAUAUCUGUAAUCAAAUAAUGAAGAAAGAAAGUAGUUAAAUGAACGUACCAUUCAGGGUCGAAUGCAUUCAGCAAAAAGCAGUAGUGGGUCUUUGAUCAUGGUUAGAUGCAUAGUGAUAUCAAACAGUGGGUUCUCAUGUAACAGCUAAAUGUUUCAGAUUUUGUUUUUAUUAAAUUUGGCAGUUUCACGCUGAGCUCUACUGUAUUCUUAGUGAAUAAAAGACAGCUCCUAUGUUAGAAAGUACUCCAUUUUCACAAUUGCAGGGAACUAGGAGGGUUUUUUCAGAAACACGGGCCACAGAAAUGUACUCCUUUCACAGUGUUCUCCUAUUUCUGAACUGUGCAGUUAUCUAUUAAAUUUUCUAAUAGAUAUUUGUGUAAGGUGUAUGUAUGCUUGUGCAAUUAUGGAAAAAAAAACAGUUUUGGAAAACAGUGUAUUUAUGAAAAAAAUAAUCACUUAUGGGGCAUGUACAAAACUGUAUAAAAACAUUCAAUUUGCCCAGUAAAGUUGUUUUUGUGAUAUUUCUGUGUUGUUGAAUAAAGGACUUUAGUAUUCAAAA